AGCAUUUGGGAAUCUGCUCCGGCCCGUGCACAUCCUUCUAGUGCCCUUCUUUGGUCGUACGUAUAUGGCCAGCAGCAGUGUACGCAUGAACAGCUUUCCCGGCUACCGCUUCCCCAACAAGCCCCUCGACGCACAGACGCGCUACGACCACGAGUCGGCCAUGAUGAAGUACGAGCUCCUCCACGGCGGCCGGUACGACCAAACCGGGUACGACUACAGCAACCCGCAGCAGGCGCCGACGGCGCCGCAUCACCAACACGCGCCGUACAGCGAGUACAACCAGGCGCCCAACGCUGGCGACCCGCGCGCCUUUUACAACGAGUACCCGCCGUAUAAUACGGCGACGGCCAACCCGGCGGCCAACUACAGCUACGGCCACGACAACCUUGCGCCGAUGCCAUUGCCGCCGUACGAAGGCCAGCGCUACAAGCACUUGGACGCCGACUUUUUAGACGAAGCGAUUCAGUGCAUUCCGCAGCUCGACGCGCUCGAGGGCAUGCACCACCCGUACGGGCGACCGACGACGAUCAACACCGCCAACGUGAAUGCGAACGCCGGUAUGUACAACAGCCGCCACGGGUCGGGCUCGUACUCGCCGUCGUCCAACGCGCCGUCGUCGACGGGGUCGGCGCACGACAUCGGAGGGUACCGCCCGGCGCGCAAGCCCAGCUCGUCGGCGUCCGAGAAGGCCAACCCGCGCCUCUGCCGCGUGCCCGGCUGCAACAAGGGCAUUCGGUCGCGCGGCCUUUGCAAGGGCCACGGCGGUGGGCGGCGCUGCCAAACCGCGGGCUGCAAGAUUUCCGACCAAGGCGGCGGCCAUUGCAUCGCCCACGGCGGCGGCCGGCGCUGCUCCGAGCCCGGGUGCACGCGGUCGGCCCAGGCGCGCGGCCGCUGCAAGUGCCACGGCGGCGGGCGCCCGUGCAAGUAUGAGGGCUGCGGCAAAAACAGCCAGCGCUCCGGCUACUGCAUGACGCACGCCAAGCUCGUCGAACAAAGCAUGCGCGCCACUGACGACGCCACGAGCAUGAGCUUAUAAGUCGUCCGUCGUCCUUUUAUUUAACGCGUUGUAAUACCAAUGGCGCUUCGCCGUGUUGUCCUUUGUACUGGAA